ACCGCUGGCGGGUCAAGUGCGUACAGGAGGUGGAGGAGAAGAAGCGGGAGCAGGAACUCAAGGCUGCUGCUGAUGGAGUCUUAUCUGAAGUGAGGAAAAAACAAGCAGACACCAAAAGAAUGGUGGACAUUCUUAGAGCUUUGGAGAAAUUGAGGAAACUGAGGAAAGAAGCAGCAGCAAGGAAAGGGGUCUGUCCUCCAGCCUCAGCAGAUGAGACUUUUGAGCACCAUCUUCAGCGACUGAGAAAACUCAUUAAAAAACGCUCUGAACUAUAUGAAGCUGAAGAGAGAGCCCUUAGAGUUAUGUUGGAAGGAGAACAAGAGGAAGAGAGGAAAAGAGAAUUGGAAAAGAAACAAAGAAAAGAAAAAGAGAAAUUUUUACUUCAGAAACGUGAAAUCGAGUCCAAGUUAUUUGGGGAUCCAGAUGAGUUCCCACUUGCUCACCUCCUGCAGCCUUUCCGACAGUAUUACCUCCAAGCCGAGCACUCCCUGCCAGCACUCAUCCAGAUAAGGCAUGAUUGGGAUCAGUACCUGGUGCCAUCCGAUCAUCCUAAAGGCAACUCCGUUCCCCAAGGAUGGGUCCUUCCCCCGCUCCCCAGCAACGACAUCUGGGCAACCGCCAUUAAGCUGCAUUAGGAAAGAUGCUCCAGGAGUGUGGUCCAGCCAACGCUCUUUCCAGCUCUAAAUAUUAGUGAUAUUGCCAUCUUGUGCUGUAGACUAAACCAUAACUGCUAAACUCCCUGUGUCAAUGCCCUAGCCUAAAGUUAUGCUUUCUUAUAUGCUCUGUCCUGGCCAGAGGUACCUCUUGAAUCAGGAGAUUAAUAUUGUUCUUCGGGAGGGGCUGGGGAUAUAGCUCAGUUGGUAGAGUGCCUGCCUCACAUGCACAAAGCCCUAGUUCAAUCCCCAGCACCACAAAAACAAUAUGGUUCUUCAGGAAAGGACCUAGGUGAAUUGAGGUUAUUACCAUAGGUAGUGACCUUGGUUCACUAAAUUUGCCUCUGUUUUGAGGGGCUUGGUCUAGAGUGACUAAUUAAUUUAGUCUAGCUUCCUUGUAUGGUGAUGGGUAAGUAUACUCAAUACACUUAAAUACUCAGAACAAGUGUGUGCUGGGUGGAUUUAGCAGCCUGUCACCAAUAACUGAGCGUAAAGGCAAGCUUGAUGCAAAAACCUUCUUACUUUCCUAUCUAGAGAACACUAACUCCCUGGGGUAAAGGUCAAAAGCCUUCAGCUUUCUUAAUCCUAGUUUUUGUGCAGCUUGGGAGAUGGCAAGUUAGGAAGAUGGCAGUGGCUACAGGCUAGGCUGCCAGAAAACAUGAUGGCCUAGUUUCAGUAGUCAUGCAGAGAACUUAGAAAAUCUGAAGAGUACCCAUAAUCAAAUUGGAUCAUGUUUUAGUGGACAAUGACUGUAUUUUCCUCAUGUUCUCCGUUCUAGUGAAACCACCUGGUUUUUGAAGUUCCUAGGAGUCUAGUUUUUUCAGAAUCUCUCAGAAUAGAAAUUUCUCUGUGGGAGUGGGACCUUAAUCUCACUCAGUCACAUUGUAGGAGGCUGGUUUAGCUGUGGAAUUUUCUUAGGAACUCAAGCUUCCCAAAACAUCCAUGUAGUCAUAGUUGGGAGAAAAGGAAAUAAGAAUGACAAAAUUUAUUUUUUAUAUUCACUAAUAAAUGCUGUUGAGAUGAUCUGUCAUAUAACAUGUCAACUUUUGUUUUGGUUUGUUUUGAUUUUUGCCAAUUUUGUUAUUUAAUUUCUGAAAAACUAAAUAAACAUCAUUUUUAUUUUUUA